CGUUUAGUUUUUAGUUUUAACAAAACGCUUCGAUUUUAAAAUCAAUUUCCAUAAUUACCCUUAAAAAUAUAUUUGAAAAAAUUGCAAAAAUGGUCCCUAUGGUUUGCUGAUUUCUGUGGGUAAGGUCCAAAAAAAAGUUUGCUAGCAAAAAACGUCCUUAUUUGAUGUUUGAGCUGUGGAUUUGGUCCCUGCCUCUAACUGCCGUUAGAGGCAUUCUGUUUUCUUCCCCACGUGAUAUGCAUGCGAGAGUAUUUUUGUCCUUUCAUUUAUGGGACCAAAAUUGCAAUCUAAUUUCUCUAUUUAACCUCGACUCAAACCCACCUUCCCCAACGGCUCUCUCUGUGAAAAUGGUAACGAUCAUAUGCUUUUGUGGCAACAAUUAUGUGUUGCACCCAUCGUGGACUUCACUCAAUCCAAGCCGACGGUUCUACGCAUGCCCUCUACCGGACUCAAAAUGUCGAUUCAUUGGAUGGUUUGAUCCUCCAAUCUGUGAUCGUGCUAAGGCUAUCAUUCCUGGUCUACUGAAGAACAUGAACAAUUUGAAGCUUUCGGUGAAAGAGUUAGGAGAUGAAAUUCAGAAUUUGAGGUUUUACUUGAAGAUGGCAGUGAAAGAAUUAGAAGAUGAAGUUUGUAAAUUGAAUUUCUACUUGUGGUGCAGUUGGAUUUUUUUCUUGUUUUCUGGAUGUGGAAUUAGGGAUUUGGGUUAAGUUCUACCUAUGAUGCUAAGGUUUUUUUUGGGAUCUUAUUGUUUUGAUGAAUAGGCUUUUGCAUACUAUAAUGGUCAUUUCAUGAACCUUGUACCUCGAAUUAUAAUGUAUGAAAAUUAUCUUAUUUAAUUGUUGUUAUUAUGGAGACUAUAAUGGUAAUACAAUACAGGAAAUGGUAUUAAGAAAAGUACAAUACCAUUUUGGAACUUACUAAGUGUUAUUGAAUCAUAAGAUAUAAUCCAAAUAAGUCAAUGCAAAUU